AGCUGACGUCAUUGUUGAGUCCCGAAAUUGAAAUCAAUAAGUGCAAUGUGCAAUGUUGUGUGUACAUCACGGACGGUGGGAAAUGGCGAUUAUGUCAAAACAACGCGCUAAGCCCAAUCGCGCUUGACUCGGAAUCGACGACGCGGGUAUCCAAUUGGCGAGAGAUGGCUCGCAGCAGCAAGAAGAAACUCGCGAUAUUCGUGGGUACAUCGAAGUGUCUCGUUUACGCAGAAGCAAAGUACUGUGCCUCUGACAUGCCUGGAGAAAUAAAAUACUACGAAUGUUCAAGAACGGAGUAUUGUUGCGCUUUCGGUUGUUGCGUGUCACCUGGAUUUCACUUCCAUCACUUGUGGUACUAUUGGAUCCUGGUUAUAAUCAUGUUCUUGGUCUGCUCUGGUGGUGGUUGGUGGUACCGAUACUGGUUGCAGGGCAGAUAUAGAGCCGCAGCUUCGGCAAUUCCGACUCGGUCUUCUAACGCUAGAUCGCAAAAUUCUCUUCGUAACGCGCCUUGUCAAGCGCAGCAGGCUCGUAUUACUUACAAUUCAGCGAGAAAUACCGUCCUACUGCAUCGCAUGUGGAAAGGUCCUCAGAGAAGUACAGCAGCGCCAGCAUAUAACGGUAACGCGACCACAUCGACACACUAUCAGAAUAUGAACGUCGUAUUAAACGAUGCCAAUUGCCCUUACUAUCAAUUAUACGGCCCUCCGCCUAGCUACGAGACGGUGAUAGCGCAAACGCGCGGCAAGCUCUCAAAUCCGGCGUCGCCGGAGUCCUCGGCCGCGCGGCUCAAUCUGCAGACGGCGAACGUGAUACCGAAUCCGAGUGUGCCGCAGUGCUUUUUCUACAGCUGCAAUUCUCCGGCGAGAUUGGUGGACGGUAAUUCGAGUCAAUGUCCAAACGAUAGCGCGAACGCCCAUCAGCUCGACGGUCAUGAGAGCGUUCCGUUCGCGCAUUUCUCCCAAUAUUGCACCACGAACGGUGCGGUUGGUCAAAACGUGUGCGUCCCUUUAGAGUAUCCAGAGGAACCGGUCGUGUCCGGGGGAAGUAAUUUCAGCUGCAGCUACCAGACUAGCCCGCAUCGAUUGCCGGGCUAUCCAACGGACAGAUCGUCCGACGCGUCGGACGCGGAAAACGUGGCUCGUGGCUAUGAGAUUCCGGGUACGGAGGAACGCGCGAUGCUCAAUAUCGACGUCGCGACCGGCAGCUACGGAGAACGUAGUCCUUGGCAUGGAAACGAUCAGUCUGCGUUGCGAGUCCACGGUAAGAUCACCACGCAGGAUGAAAAUCGAAGAUGCGCGACGACCACAGACACGCGUGCUCUCUCGCCUAAGUCGGAGGGAAGCGAGAACGAGUCGAAACGUACGUUCAACGUGGUUCCUGCGACGCAGAGAAACUUCCCGAGAGAACGUGCGGAUUACGGCGGUUCCCUGCGAUUGCCGCGCAGACACGCCGGAGAUGUCAUUUACCAAGGCAGCAGCUUCCAAAAAGUUCUCCCCGGAGAUUCGUCAGGCGCUUCCCAACGGGGCACUUUCAAUUCCGCUCAGACAGCAGCGUCCGCGGUCGCGAAUUCUUCUCAAUCAAAUCCAUCCAAUAAUGUGAUAUUAGAAUCCUUUAUUUUUGAAAAUGUGCAAUCGCCUCCGAGUGAAAAUGCCGACGAGGCCCGCGAUCUUUGUGCGAUGAAUCGGAGUGCAAACUUUGAUCUCGAAAGUAAACACAAAUUAGAUAGAUCAAAGUCGCUAGACUGAACGUAAAAUCGAAAUUCUUAUCAUUGCGCGUAUUACGCGAUGUUUAUUCUUGUAUGUCUCUAUUUAUUCGCGCAUAACUUAUAUAGCAAUACAAACUUAAUCGUUAUCGAGAUACAACAGAGAGUAAUCUUUAACGGAAUUUCCGACCGUCGCGAUGAAAUAACGAUUCUAUUUUAUCAGAAAUAAUGCGACAUUAUUUUUAUUAACACGUACGCACGGUAUAUUUCACGCAGCUGUGAGUAUUUCGUAUUUACCGGAUUUCGUAAUAUUUGUUUUGCAUAUCAGCAUCUUAAUCGUCGAAUUUGACGAUUGAAUCUCGUGAAAGAUGUGUAUAUAUAUCCUUCAUUAUUAUCUCACGUACCAUUAGCGAACCUAAUAUUAGACGUUAGACUUAAAUCGCACUUCCGCAAUAUUUUUUGCAAACAAUUCCGAUUACAAUUCUGAAGCUAAACUAUUUUGAUUACUUAUUGAGAUGCUGAAUAUUAUCUCUAACAAUAAGUGUGAUAGACGACAGUUCCAUUUACAUGCGUCAGCGAAACGUCCUUAUUUCUGAUACCUACGAUACAAUACACAUACUGCCAUAAAAAGAUCUUUCUGAACGUCGUAUAACAGAUGCUAUUUUUUUUAUUUUCGCACUGUACUUAAUGUAAUUUAAGAUUAAGAUCGAAACACACACACACACAGUGAAAAUGAUGUUUCAAAAGCGCGGCCCAAUUUAAUACACCUACGCACAAAGAAAGAUAUCAAUCGUUACUUUAUAUAAUAAUGGUGAAUAAAUGUCGCACAUUUUUUUUUAAUUCUCAAGUGGGGAAAUGUACUUACAAAUUACUUACGAAAGACCAAGAAAGUGGCUAGAGUCUUCAAGAAAAUUUACAAUAAAUAAGAAUUAUUUUAAAUAUCAUAAAUCAAUUUUGACGUAUUUUUUUCUAAUAAUAAUGUUGAUAUGUUGAAUUCAACAAUGCCCGAAAUGGUGUCGUCCUUCGUGCAGUAUAUUUCUGUCAAGCUAGUUUUCUCUAUAUAUUUAAGCUCUAUUAUAUAUGUAUGUGCACAUUAAUAUUAUCUCUAUAUUAAAGAAUGCAUAAGUUACUACGCGUUGCGCACAUACUUGACAUUAUAUUGACAAUGAUGAAAAACAAUUCUAGUUUAUUAUGAAAAAAAAAUACGAGUCUACGAUUGAAGCAGCAAUACUUUUAUGAUAAAAGUGCAGUCGCGUGAAAGAGCAAGAAGUUAAAGCGGAGGUCGUUCAGUUGAAAAAUACGAACGUGAGAGAAUACAUACGAUGAAUAUAAUUCAAGUAAACUUGAUUGUAAGCAAUAAACGUAACAUAUUAAUUUCCACGCGUAAUAUAGAUUUAAUAUUUUUACUUCAAAAUCUCUUUCUACCUAUAUAUCGUGUAAGGAGAAAGACUGCGUCCUCGUGCUGUGACAUGAAUGAUACUUGAUUUACUACGCUCUUAUCAACGUCGUGGGAACAUUAAUUGCAACCCUCUCGUAUCAUAUCUUUUAGAUAAAUUGCAUCAAAAGAAAGCAAUUCGAUUUAUAUACGCAUUAUGUACUUCUUCUCGCUAUUAUUUUUUUGUAUGCAAUACACAUACAAUGUGUAAUGAAUUUUAACUAAGGUCGCGGCACACCACGUCGCCAAGUCCUUCGACUUAAGUUCUUGCAUAACAGCGGUCCAAGAAAAUAUGCAUACGUGCCAAUAGCGACAAGUCCGUUAGAUAAGCGAGUAAUUUGGAUAAGCGAGACGAUGAAUCUCGCAGCCAAGGAGGUCUUACCUUAAAAUGCAAAGCAAAAUAAAAAGAGAUAUAUAUGUACACACUUAUUUUUUGUAAUCGAUUAUAACUGAUAAAUGGGCUGUUUAACGAGAGUCCGCGUGAUUAUAUACCUAAUAAGCUUGUAUCAUAUAUAUUGUAUAUCGUAUAUAUAUAUAUACCGCCACGAGUCUACAAUAAUUUUUAGUCAGAAGUCACUAUAUUUUGUGUGCGUGCGUAGGCUGCGCGUUAUAUCGUAUAGCUUUAAUAAGCUCUAGUCUCUGAACGAUCUUCUCACCGUAAUGUGCAAUCAUGUAUCCGCGCGGUAUCAGUGACACUGUAAGAUACCGUGAAUCUAAUGUGAAAGAAUGUCUAUCUGAAAUAAAGACACCAAAUAUUUAUCGUACAACCAAGAUAA